GCGCGCGCGCACACACACACACACACACACUGUGUACAGUAGAGAGCGAUGGGACUGCUGCUCUAAGCGCUUUGUGUUGCGGUGAUCUGAAUGAAUGACAGCUCCACCGACAGCUCACAAUAAUGACACCUGAAGGCCUCGUCUUUUUCUGCUGGUUUUGGGUUCUCCUAAUGCUGCAUGUGACUGAAGGAAGCUCUAAGGAAUGUGAGUGUCCAUCUGCCAGAAUUUUGUCUCACUUUCCAUCUGAAUUACCCAGUGACACUUGCUGCUUGAACUACUCAGGAUCCACAUUUAACCAGGUUCCCUGGGCGGCUUUUUUGAGACAUACACACCUGCAGGUUUUGGACCUGAGUAACUGUAAUAUCAGUCACAUUGAUCACAGUCAGGUCGGUGAUGCUGUCAGUUCACUGAGGGAGCUGAAUCUCAGCCAGAACAGACUGACAUCUCUGCCAGAUGACUUCCUAGUUAAAGCCUAUAGUUUGGAAGAGCUGGAUCUGGGAGAAAAUCAUCUGAAACAUCUGCCCAAGCAGUUUCUCCAGAGCUCGGACAAACUACGAGCCUUGAUUCUGGGAUGGAACCAGCUGAGCGCUCUACCUCAUUCAGUGCUUAAGCCUUCGCUAGAGCACCUGGAGCUCAUCGGAAACCCCUGGGCCUGCACAUGCUCGCUGUUGGAGGGCCUUCAAGGUUGUCCACACACCAAUUCCAGCAGCCUUCAGGACCUCGUAGGUAAUCUGACCUGUGCCUCUCCUCAGAAUCUCGAAGGACGGUCUGUUUGGUCUUUGCAGAAAACUGACGUGUGCCAUUUGGCCAACCUGACCGCUCUCUUCAUCCUGCUUCCCCUGUUCCUCCUCCUCAGUUUGGUGCUCUGCUGGUGCUGUGGGAGUGAGAAGAAGAGGAAAGACAGCUCAUCGUUCAGCCCGACUCGCAAAAGAUCCAACAAUUCCCAUUGCAAUGGACGGUGGCCACAUGCCAAACUGCCAGCUGGGGAGUCAGCAGUGUCUGUAGACGGUGGAAAGGAGGUCAUAUUGAAGAACCAGCUGAUGCUUCAGCCCUCGUCCAACUUGUUGGGCAGCACUCGGGAUAUUUAUGAGGAGGUGGAGAUCAAACUGGGCUCUGUGGACACACUGGCCCCUCUGCCGUCCACUUGCCCCACAGAAGGGACCGCGGGAAAGCAGGACCUGGACACGGUGAGUGUGAGCGAUGUGAUGAAGGACUCAGCCGAUCGGGAGAAAGCAUACCUGACCCAAUCCACUGAAUACUACAGCCUGGUUCCAGGUAUUGAAAUCGAGGACUCCGAUCAUGGAGAGUAUGAGAGUGUGGACCUCUCGUAACACUACAGGAAAUGGUGCGUUUGACUGAGAUACUCAAAGAAGUUUGGGGAGGUCUGAAGAUGAGGUCACAUUUACCAUGUUCUUGGUCAAAUUUCAUGGGUGAAUCCAGUCAUUUCAACAAGAAUCCGCAAAGAAGAUUCUGAAUGCUCAAAUCCGCAAAGAAGAUUUCCGACUGCUCAUGUUGAUCACAAAUUGCCAACACAAAGCUUCUUGGUUUGAAAGCGACGUUUGUGUGAGCAGAUUUUUGCGCAAAAAAUUGACUGCACCUUCAGUAAGGAUGUUUCCCCUUCAGUUGCAAAUGCACAGUGAACGUUGCUGUUAAAGGAAGUCACUGCACCGUGUGAAGCCAUCACUUUUGCAUACAACGUGAAUGAAUUACUGUUCUGGUAAAGUAUCAAAUGAAGCUGUUUGCAGACCCGGUCUGUUGCCAAGAUAAGCUAUCAUAUAGCUGUCCCCUGGAUGUUUUCAUUAUAUUGAGAUUUUUAUAUCUUCGUCCUCUACUGUAAUUUAGAUAGGAAGUUUUAUUAUUGUAAUAUUACUUUGUGUUUCACAUUCAGUUACAGUGUUUUUGGUGUCACAUAUAACUUUAUAUAUUGUCAUGAAGAGGAAAAGUAACAGUAGAGAACAAGAGGACUUUAAACAGAACUACAUUUCAGCGUCUGGUCUUUAUCUUGAGUAAUCAAAUCUGUCCAAAUUUGAUGUAUGAUGGACUAACAUUUCUCUCCUACACAGAACUUUGGAGGGUUACUGUUUAUGUAACUAUGUAAAUGUUGAAAACAGAGAUUAUUUAGUCAAUACUAUCUAGCCUGUUUCCACAGAUGACCUCAGCUGAUGUAAUCAUCAUUUUGGCAUUGUUAAUAAUUAAUGUAUUUUAGCGAGUUUUAUAAACUUUUAUAAUCAAAUAAACAUAAAUAGCAGUA